AUGACCUCCCUCCAAGCAUCGACGUGGCGGACUCUUGGCCUGUCUGUCGCCGCAAGCUACGCGGUCCUCGGGGCGUUGGACGUCCUCCUUCCGUACCGGGCGGGGUAUGAGUUCUUCGGGCUCCCGCCGUCGGAUGCGGUAGGGCGACUGGUGCCGCUCCUCGGAGUACGGGACCUGGCAAUCGCAGCAGCGCUGUUCGCACUCGCGCGGCAGGGCAAGGGUCCGGAGAUGGGAACGGUGAUCCUCGCCGGGACGAUCCUCUGCGUCUGGGACGCCGUGGCCAUUUGGCAAGCAAAAGGGCCGAAGUUAGGCGGAACCAUCGCGGCCGGGGUGGUGGUCGUGACGGGCAUCGGCAUCGGACUGGUGCGGUCAUGA